AUGACAGCGCAUGUUGUGUAUACUGUACGUGUGCAAACAAAUGCGCCAUGGCUCUCUCGUCCAGAAUAUUCUGUGCUGCGGCGGUACAAUGAUUUUCGAUGGCUCCAUGCGGCCAUGGUGCACAAUCAUCCAGGUGUAGUCGUCCCACCUAUUCCCGAAAAGGUCAAAGUCGGCCGGUUUGCGCCCGAACUGGUUGAAUUUCGUCGUCGGUCUCUGGAACGAGCAUUGCUCAAAAUGCUUCAACAUCCCAUUCUUCAACAAGAUGAUGAUCUGGCUUUGUUUUUGGAAAGUGGAAAUCUCACUGCCGAUAUACAUCAGCGUGAUCUUCGUAAAGGUCCUGUUGUAACCCCGGAAUACAAGACGUACUUUGGUUGGAGCCAUGCAUUUCAUCAUUACCGUUUCCAAGAGCCUGAUGAGUGGUUCACUUCGCAGUUGAACUAUUUGUCUCAAUUUGAAACACGCAUGAAAGAAAUUUGUGAUGCUUUGACUACCCUCUCCCACAAACGAGCAGAGCUAGCCGAUGCAUACCUACAACUGUAUCACAGUCUUGUGGCUUUAUCAAGCAGUGGCAUGUCGCGUAGCGUCUCAACGUGCUUUGCCAUUUUGGCUGAUAUGAAAAAGCGUUCUGCCCAAGCAUGCACUCAACUUGCUGAUUACGAAGCAAAUGUGUUUGGCCUCGCUCUUUAUGAGUAUGAACGCCUUGUCGGAAGUAUUCGCAAAGCUUUCCAAUCUCGUGAAGAAGUAUGGCAGGCAUGGCAGUGCGCCGACGAUGAGCUUUCUCGCGUCCGAUCGAAGUAUGCAAAGUCGAAUGAAACGCACAUUGAUACCCAGAACCACGCAUUGACUCAUACACAACUUGCGUAUGCGGCUCUUAGUACACGCUUCGAGGAGGUAACACGACUCAGUAAAUUGGAAGUGGAGCGCUUUGAAUGCGGCAAGGCGCAAGAAAUCCGUACGGCAUUUGAAGAAUAUGUUCGUGUGUUCUCUGCGAUCCAACGAGAUAUUUUGGAUGAGUGGGAGCACUGUGGAUCGAUUGUACAGCGUAUAAUAACCAAGAACCAAAGCAAGGCUACAGGAAAAGAAACAACUCAAUAG